UGUAUAGCCUCACAGACCACACAUCGAAGUACCUUCUCAGCAUGUACUUGGAUCGCUAGGGACUAGUAAUGCCCUUGUUCCUAGUAGCAAUGCCCGUGAUACUAGUAGCUUCUUGUUACAAGUUGUUUCGGGAGCAGUUUGGCGUUUGGCACUUACUCCAGGACAAGUUGGUGCUGGAUGUUGGAGCCGGCAGCGGAAUUCUCAGCAUGCUUUGCGCCAAGCAUGGCUUGGCAAAGCAUGUUUGGGCUGUAGAGGCAGUCCCUGGGAUGGCUCGGAUGGCGCAGCAGUUGGUGCAACAAAAACGGCAAGCAGAGGUGUCGAUGUAUCAAGCAAUAUAUUAUGUGCAUAUAUUUUUUGCAUUUGCAAACAGUGCAUGUAGUCAAAACAUGAUUUUUGUUUAAACAAUUAUGCACUCUACAUCUAUCGUACCAUAUCAUGCAUAUAUAUAUAUAUAAGCUAUUAAUUAAUACGUUUAACAAAAAUCACAGAGACGGACAUUUAGUGAGAGACGUUCCUUGCUUCGCACAGGGUUCCAAGAGUGCUAAGCCCAAGCCCAGGCAGGCGAAUGGAUUGCAGGACAAGGCUGUUGGGUGUGUGCUGCAGCACAGUUGCUCAUGACAACCUGCCACAAUCAAUAGUUCAUGAAUUUGAAUCAACAAGUAUUCAACUAUUUCCACCUGCCACAGGGGAGGCAGCACUGCUUUGGAAGAAUUGGAAGAAUGACUAGAUGAUUCAAGUGUCUCAGAGGGAGGCGGUGCUGGCCUGCGACCACAGCCCUGUGCAGGUGACAAUUCUCACAGGCCGAGUAGAGGAUAUCACAUUACCAAAUAAGAUGGACAUCAUCAUUUCGGAAUGGAUGGGUUUCUAUUUGCUUCACGAAUCAAUGCUGGAAUCCGUGCUGAUUGCCCGAGACCGCUUUCUUCGAGCACAGGGACGGAUGCUUCCCUGCUCUGCAAGAAUUUGGGCAGCACUCGUCGAGGCAGAAGAUUUGCGGCUGGAUAUGGCCAACUAUGAAGACUUUUUGGGCCUUGACCUUCGGCUGGUUGGGGAGCAGCAGUUGGCUGCGCGAACUGCAGAGCCGCGAGUUGAAGAAGUUCACGGAAGGCGGAUUUUAGCCGAACCACUGGUGGCGGUGGAUUUGACCGACCUCCAUCAGCUGCGAGUAGAGGGAACUCGUAAUUUGGAGGCACAGCUGUCCUUUCGCACAUGGCGCCAGGGCUAUGCUGCGGGCAUUGCCUUUUGGUUUGACGUUGGCUUUGGUCGUGAUGUGAUUUUGAAGACAGAUCCCGGGUCACCGCCAACCCAUUGGAAGCAAACGGUGGUGUAUUUUGGCGCGUUCCCCGCGGUGGAGUCGGGGGAUGUCUUGGAAGCCAACGUGGUGCUCAAGCAAAGUGAGGAGAACCCACGGCAAUACAACAUUUCGGUGGAGACCUUGUAGCUGGACGUGACACUCCAAGAUCGGCCAAAUACAUUUUGACAACA